GCUCCAGCCUUGUAAAGGGGUGGAGUUUGGAGUUUAUAAAUCCAGUCUGACUCAGCUUUCCUUCAGUACAUCUCUGUCUUACACUGAACUUAAUCAAGAUGGGAUCAAGUGCCUCAGGAUGAAUUCAAGCCCUGUUCACUCACCUACUGCCUAUGGAUCGGUGCCGAACUACAAACGAAGCAGGUCCUGUGUCCCUUCAGUCAACAUUGACAGCAGAAUAGCAAAAGCAAUGGACCUGGUGAAGACUCACAUGCUGAGUGCAGUGCGAGAGGAAGUGGAACCUCUGAGAGAGAAAAUUAAAAAUCUGACUGAGAGAAACAUAGAGCUGGAGAGAGAAAACCACCUGCUGAGAUCACUGGCCAAAUACCAAACAGCACUGAGCUCAGGUCAGAUCACCAACCACCAAACAGCACUGACCUCAGGUCAGAUCAAGAAAUACCCAACAGUACUGACCUCAGGUCAGACCGCCAACCAGCAAACUAUACCGAACUCAGGUCAGGUCACCAACCACCAAACAGCACUGACCUCAAAUCAUCACUGCAAUCCACAUGACAUCAACCUACCUGAGCCACCAGAAAAUCUCAUCUUCAGAAGUGUUGACUACCCAGUGGGUAGCAACAGUGGGUGCUUUUCUGUAAACACACAACCGUAUUUAAAUUUAGCAAUAAAGCGAGACGUCAGAUGUGUUUAGUGUUGCUCUGUUGCUCUGUAAAGUGCUAAUCUUAAAGUGUUUAUAACCAAGUCAGUACUUAGCAAUUACCUUGUGACAAGGUUUUUGUGUUUUCUUUAUUUGUAACUGAACAAAAAUGUUCACAGUGAAAAUAUCAUUGUUAAUGAUAUUUUGAAAACUAGCUUUGUAUUUUUAUGAAAUGUAAUGUUAUAUUUGAUUUGCACACAUUUCUUAUUAGAGUUUUAUUACAAAUAUAUUUACUAUUUAUAUAAAAUAUUUAGUUACUGUUUCUUAACUUUGUAGAAUUGUAAAGUACCAAUGUCAAUCCUUUUAAA